AUGCGCUUCACCACCCUUUCUCUCGUCGCCGUUUCGGCCUUCUUCGGCUUCGCCGCCGCCCAGACCAGCACCAGCUCGGCCUCGGCCUCUGCUAUGUCUACCGUCUCCGACCCGAGCAGCGUCCCCGUGGCCGACCGCACCACCUGGUGCCGUGCUCAGCUGCAGACCUGCCCGACCCUCUGCGGCGGCAGCACCGCUAACAACACCUGCGACAUCAGCACCCUCAGCUACAACUGCACUUGCGACCCGGUCAUCGCCAACUUCAAUGUGUCCGACUUCGAGCAGACGCUGCCAUCGCUCGAGUGCCAGUACGCUGUUGCCCAGUGCAUUACCGACCACCCCGACGACGCUGUCGGCCAGGCCACCUGCCAUUCGGUUGUCUGCGGAUCGAAGAACGUCACGUCCCAGGUCUCGGCUUCGAGCAGCUCUUCGGCAUCUGCAACUCCCUCGUCGACGGGCUCUGCCUCGGGCAGCGCUUCCGCCAGCGCCGCCGCCACGACGACCGCAGCCAGCGCCGGCAUCGCCUUUGCCAAGACUUACGGUUCUGGCGCGCUGUUCGCCGGUCUGCUGGCGGCCUUCGGUUUCGCUCUAUAG